AUGUCGAACGUCAAGCAUGUUCCGAGCAAUGCUGAUCCAAAAAAACACAACGAUUACAGUUUGCAACUGAACCGAUGGUUCCUCAUAUCGAUUGGCGCUUGGCCACAAACACACACAUCCAGUCUAAUAGAGAGGCUUUCCUCGAUAAUACUUAUUCCCAUGUGGUCGUCCGUGAUAGCGAUAAUUGCCAUACCGUGUAUAUUAUACGUGUUUCUCGAGGCGAAAGGUAUUCAAACGAAACUGAGCCCUCUCGUCCCGCUAUUUCACAGGAUAAUGGGCUUCUUGAAUUAUUCGAUACUACUCGCACGUGGCAAAGAUAUUCAUGAAUGUAUAAAACACAUGGAGGAGGACUGGCGUGUCGUUCCGAAAAUGGAGGAUUAUGAAGUGAUGAUGAAGCAUGCCAAGAUGGGCCGUUACAUGACCGGAGUCUGUGCGAUGUUCGUGCAGGGCAGUGCAUUUUUAUUUAAUUUAUCCGCAACAAUGAAAACCGUAACACUUGUUAUUAAUAACGUAUCCACCACGAUACAUCCGUUAUCGUGUCCGGCGUACCGUAAGCUGAUCGACGCAAGAUUCAGUCCAGCAAAUGAAAUCAUGAUUACUAUGCAAGUCAUGUCGAGCUACAUAGCGAAUUCCUCCACAGUAUGUAUUUGUAGCCUUGCCAUUGUGUUCGCGAUGCACGCCUCUGGUCAGCUAAGCAUGUUGUACACGUGGUUUAACGAACUUAUUGAGGAUAACGCGAAGCGAAAUUAUUUGGUUCAACAAAAAUUAGCCAACAUCGUUAAACAUCAUUUAAGAGUCUUAUGUUUUAUAACACGUAUGGAGAAUAUUAUGUAUAAAGCCUGUUUUGUGGAAUUGGCAGGAUGCACGCUAGCUAUGUGUUUAAUUGGAUAUUAUUUCAUCAUGAAUUGGGAAGUGCUUAGUACAGCAAAAAUAACAUCAUACUCUAUGACAUACAUAUCAAUGGCUUUCAAUAUUUUUAUAUUUUGCUACACCGGCGAGAUAGUCGCCGAACAGUGUAAAAGCGUCGGUCGAAUGGCAUAUAUGACCAAUUGGUACGAGUUGGAUCACAAAACUGCACGUAGUUUUAUACUAAUAAUUAUUCAGUCAAAUAACGCAACUAAGAUAACUGCAGGGAAAAUAUUUCCUUUGUCCAUCGCCACGUUUGGAGAUGUAAUUAAAACUUCCUUAGCAUAUAUGAAUGUAUUGCAAGCGAUUUCUAUAUGA